GGGCAUGCGCGGGGGCCGGAGCCGGGGCGCGGAGCUGCUGGCAGCAGCAACAGCCCGUGCCCGGGAGCGACGGCCCUGAGCGGCGCGGGGACACCGCGGGCGCCACCAUGCAGCACCCGGGCCCGCGUCUGUGGCUGGUGCUGCAGGUGAUGAUGGGCUCGUGCGGGGCCAUCAGCUCCAUGGACUUAGAGCGCCCCGGAGACGGCAAGUGCCAGCCGGUGGAGAUUCCCAUGUGCAAGGACAUCGGCUACAACACCACCCGUAUGCCCAACCUGAUGGGCCACGAGAACCAGCGUGAGGCGGCCAUCCAACUGCACGAGUUCGCGCCGCUCGUGGAGUACGGCUGCCACGGCCACCUCCGCUUCUUUCUGUGCUCCCUGUACGCGCCCAUGUGCACGGAGCAGGUCUCCACACCCAUCCCUGCUUGCCGGGUCAUGUGUGAGCAGGCCCGGCUCAAGUGCUCGCCGAUCAUGGAGCAGUUCAAAUUCAAGUGGCCUGACUCCCUGGACUGCAGCAAGCUCCCCAACAAGAACGACCCCAACUACCUGUGCAUGGAAGCACCGAACAACGGCUCGGACGAACCCAGCCGGGGCUCUGGCAUGUUCCCUCCGCUCUUCAGGCCUCAGAGGCCCCACAGCGCGCAGGAGCACCCGCUAAAGGACGGGGGUCAGGGACGCGCAGGCUGUGACAACCCGGGCAAGUUCCACCACGUGGAGAAGAGCGAGUCCUGCGCACCUCUCUGCACUCCGGGGGUGGACGUGUACUGGAGCCGCGAAGACAAGCGCUUCGCUGUGGUCUGGCUGGCCAUCUGGUCCGUGCUGUGCUUCUUCUCCAGCGCCUUCACCGUGCUCACCUUCCUCAUCGACCCGUCGCGCUUCAGGUACCCCGAACGUCCCAUCAUCUUCCUUUCCAUGUGCUACUGCGUUUAUUCGGUGGGUUAUAUCAUCCGCCUCUUCGCUGGCGCGGAGAGCAUCGCGUGCGACAGGGACAGUGGGCAGCUGUAUGUUAUUCAGGAGGGGCUGGAGAGCACCGGCUGUACCUUAGUCUUCUUGGUACUUUACUACUUCGGCAUGGCCAGCUCUUUAUGGUGGGUGGUCCUCACCCUCACUUGGUUCCUGGCUGCUGGCAAGAAGUGGGGCCAUGAGGCCAUUGAAGCCAACAGCAGCUACUUUCACCUGGCAGCCUGGGCCAUCCCGGCCGUGAAGACCAUCUUGAUCCUGGUGAUGCGCAGGGUGGCAGGGGAUGAGCUCACGGGUGUGUGUUACGUGGGCAGCAUGGACGUCAACGCUCUGACUGGCUUCGUGCUGGUCCCGCUGGCUUGCUACCUGGUCAUCGGCACUUCCUUCAUCCUGUCGGGCUUUGUGGCUUUAUUCCACAUCCGGAGGGUGAUGAAAACGGGUGGGGAGAACACGGACAAGCUGGAGAAACUCAUGGUACGCAUAGGGGUCUUCUCCCUCCUCUACACCGUGCCGGCCACCUGUGUGAUUGCCUGCUACUUUUACGAACGCCUGAACAUGGACUACUGGAAGCUGCUGGCCACCCAGCACAAGUGUAAGAUGAACAAUCAGACCAAGACGCCCGACUGCCUGAUGACCACCUCCAUCCCUGCCGUGGAGGUCUUCAUGGUCAAAGUGUCCAUGCUUCUGGUGGUAGGCAUCACCAGUGGGGUGUGGGUCUGGACUUCCAAGACCCUGCAGUCCUGGCAGCACGUGUGCAGCCGGGGGCUUAAGAGAAAGAGCCGGAGGAAACCAGCCAGUGUGGUCACCAGUGCAGGGAUCUACAAAAAGGCCCAGCAUCCCCCAAAGUCUCACCCUGGGAAGUAUGAGCUUCCCGCCCAGCCUUCAGCCUGUGUGUGAAGGAGGCUGGAAGAACUGGAUGGACAGACGGAGCCCAAAUGGGCUGCUUUUCUUGGUUGGCUGGUUGUUUUUUUUAAUCAAAGUGAAAAAUACACAUAUACAUGUGCAUCCAUACAUAUGUAUGUGUGUAUAUAAGGUCUACCUUGAAGUUCAGAAUGACGGGAUAGGCUGAAAGUAAAGGGUUCUGUUGUGUUUGCUGCCUCCCUGAACGGUCACUCAUUAACGAAGGAGCCUCUCCUGUAACUAAUUUGUGGUAAAGUCAUUGAUCAAACCAUCCUCAAGAAAACUUUUGUUUAGGCCUCAAACACACAUCUGUGUAUUCAGAAGACUCUGCUGCCUGCUUAAAAACUUGAGGCCAGAGAGCUACUUUGCAAGCUAAAUAGCUCCCCUUGAGCCAGCAAAUGAGCCACCCAAGGGCCUGCUCUUCCCCCUCCCAGCAAGGCUGCUGUAUAGGGGUGGGGUGAGAGGCAAGGGGAUGUAAAAAGGGACCCUGAGCAAUCUAUCUACUCGAAGGCCUGCCUGCAGGUUCCUUAAAGAGAGUCCCGCCACCAGCCUUCAUAACCGUCUCUCUACCCACAUAGAACCCACACUAUUCCUCACCCCCGCAGAUCUAACACUGGAGAAUUCAAAUGGUGUGCAAUACUUUUUUUUUUUUUUUUUUUUUUACAUUUUCCCCUCUCCCCAUGAAAUCAAUGAGAAAGAAGUGUUUGGUUGUAAAUAAAAGAACAAAAAAAAAAUCAUCUAACAAAAGAAUUAAGAGGUCCAGGCCUCAGGAAAACAAACAAACAAAAAAAACCCUUCAGCCUGAUACAUUUUGCGGCCUUUUUUUUAAUGGAAACCGAGCCGGUGUGCUCUACACAUUGGAACUGAUUUGUGGAGAGGAGGGGGAGGGGAAUCAGUGGAGAGCACCCGAGGGCUUAUUGACUCUCAAUUGUUAAACAAAUGAUUUCCAUGAGUGGUCUAGAAGCACUUGGGAAGACAAACUUUGUCUCCAGCCAGGGAGGGCGAUGCCUGCCUCUGUAUAUCUGUAACAUACGAUAUUUUUUCAUGCUCCACUAUUUUAUUAAAAAAUAAAAGACGUUCUUUAGUUU